AUGGCUGAACUGUUUCAAGUAACUUUCUCCCUUCCCAGAGAUGUCCUUGCACUGCCGAUCUUCAAGCAGGAAGAACCGCAGCUGUCUCCUGAGAACGAUGCCAAACUGCCUCCCUUUCAGUACGUCCUCUGCACAGCCACAUCACCUGCUGUGAAACUGCACGAAGAAACCCUGACCUACCUCAACCAAGGUCAGUCUUAUGAAAUCCGUCUACUUGAGAAUAGGAAAUUGGGAGAGUUUCAAGAUUUAAACACAAAAUAUGUAAAGAGCAUAAUUCGUGUAGUUUUCCAUGAUCGACGCCUGCAGUACACAGAGCAUCAACAGCUCGAGGGCUGGAGGUGGAGUCGACCUGGGGACCGCAUCCUUGAUAUAGAUAUUCCGCUGUCAGUUGGUAUCUUGGAUCCCAGGGCCAGCCCCACACAGUUGAACACUGUUGAAUUUCUGUGGGAUCCAUCAAAGAGAGCCUCAGCAUUCAUUCAGGUACACUGCAUCAGCACAGAAUUUACUCCACGGAAGCAUGGAGGAGAGAAAGGGGUGCCCUUCCGGGUGCAAAUCGACACCUUUAAGCAGAAUGAAAAUGGUGAAUACACAGAACACUUGCAUUCUGCAAGCUGCCAGAUCAAAGUGUUCAAGCCUAAAGGAGCAGACAGAAAACAGAAGACUGACAGGGAAAAAAUGGAGAAGAAGACCACCCAAGAGAAGGAGAAGUAUCAGCCUUCCUAUGAGACAACUAUUCUCACAGAGUGCUCUCCCUGGCCAGAUGUGCCUUAUCAAAUGAACAAUGCUCCAUCUCCAAGCUACAACAGUUCUCCCAACAGCUUCAACCUUGGAGAUGGCAACAGUUCUCCAACCCACCAAGUGGAGCUCCUGCCUCCCAGCAAUGAUCAUCUCCUUCCUUCUGCUUCUAUUCAAGAUGCCCAGCAGUGGCUUCAUCGUAAUAGGUUCUCUCCAUUCUGUAGACUCUUCUCAAGUUUUUCGGGUGCUGACUUACUGAAGAUGUCCAAAGAAGAUUUUGUUCAAAUCUGUGGGCCUGCUGAUGGAAUUCGGCUCUUUAAUGCAAUCAAAGGAAGAAAUGUAAGGCCCAAGAUGACAAUUUAUGUCUGUCAAGAACCAGAGCAAAACAGGUCCCAUCUCCACCAAAAACGAGAAAAUGGAGAUGGCAGUCUUUGUGUAUAUCAUGCAAUCUUCUUGGAAGAAUUGACCACGCUGGAGUUAAUCGAGAAGAUUGCAAACUUGUACAGCAUUUCUCCACAGCAGAUAAAUCGAAUCUAUCGGCAAGGACCCACAGGGAUCCAUGUAUUAGUGAGCAAUGAGAUGGUGCAAAACUUCCAAGAUGAAUCUUGUUUUGUUAUCAGCACAUUAAAAGCUGAAAGCAAUGAUGGCUACCACAUCAUUUUAAAAUGACCGUGCUGCACAGAAAGACUUUAACAGCCUAAAAUUUAGUGCCUCACUGAGAUUGCUACAACCUAGACUGGAAACAUGAAGACUCUUCUGGAUAAAACACUCCUAUAAACUAAGAAUUACCAAAGAGCUUAAGGAAAAACUUGCUUUUACAGAUAUACAUUUUCGGUGGUGUGUGGUUUUGUUUUUGGAUUUUUUUGAAGCUGGAGCUGAGAACAUCCUCAAAGCUUGUACAUGUUUCUUCUUCCCUCCCUUCCUCUUCAGUCUUAAAAAUUGUCGAGGCUUCUGCUUAUUACUUAGAAAC